UCAGCUUUUGUGCUAAAAUGGAGGCUGGCCUCUCGCCUUGAGUGGAUCGCCUUCCUGGCUGAGGUUUAGAUGUUGACAUGCAAUAAAUCUGGAGACAGGAUGGUUGUGGAUGCACCCAACUCCAAUGGGCCCUUUCAGCCGGUGGCCCUAAUGCACUUCAGAGAUGUGGCCCCUGCGGAACAGGAGAAGCUCUUCAUCCAGAAGCUGCGGCAGUGCUGCGUUCUUUUCGACUUCCUUUCCGACCCCUUGAGUGACCUGAAAUGGAAGGAAGUGAAGCGCGCGGCCCUGAGCGAGAUGGUGGAGUACAUCACCCACAACAGGAAUGUCAUCACAGAGCCCAUCUACCCAGAGGUGGUGCACAUGUUUGCUGUGAAUAUGUUCAGGACGUUGCCUCCAUCUUCUAACCCAACUGGAGCUGAGUUCGAUCCUGAAGAGGACGAGCCGACUCUUGAAGCUGCCUGGCCCCACCUCCAGCUUGUCUACGAAUUUUUUCUUAGGUUUUUAGAAUCACCCGACUUCCAGCCUAACAUAGCAAAGAAAUACAUCGACCAGAAGUUUGUUAUGCAGCUCCUAGAACUAUUUGACAGCGAGGAUCCCAGAGAAAGAGACUUCCUGAAAACAACUCUCCACAGGAUCUAUGGAAAGUUCCUGGGACUGAGAGCGUACAUCAGAAAACAGAUCAAUAACAUUUUCUAUAGGUUUAUCUAUGAGACUGAGCACCAUAAUGGUAUAGCUGAACUACUGGAAAUACUUGGAAGCAUAAUCAAUGGAUUUGCCUUACCACUAAAAGAGGAGCACAAGAUUUUCCUAUUGAAAGUUUUAUUGCCUCUGCACAAAGUUAAAUCACUCAGUGUCUAUCAUCCACAGCUAGCCUACUGUGUGGUGCAGUUUUUGGAAAAGGACAGUACUUUAACCGAGCCGGUGGUUAUGGCUCUGCUUAAGUACUGGCCGAAAACCCACAGUCCCAAGGAAGUGAUGUUCCUCAAUGAGCUGGAGGAGAUACUGGAUGUCAUUGAGCCCUCUGAGUUCGUGAAGGUGCAGGAGCCUCUCUUCAGACAGCUUGCCAAGUGUGUGUCCAGCCCGCACUUCCAGGUGGCAGAGAGAGCGCUGUACUACUGGAACAACGAAUACAUCAUGAGUCUAAUCAGCGACAACGCAGCAAAGAUCCUGCCGAUCAUGUUUCCUGCUCUGUACCGCAACUCGAAGACACACUGGAACAAGACCAUCCACGGCCUCAUCUACAACGCUUUGAAGCUCUUCAUGGAGAUGAAUCAGAAGCUCUUUGAUGAUUGCACACAGCAAUUUAGAGCUGAGAAAAACAAAGAGAAGGCAAAGUCAAAAGAACGUGAAGAGGCUUGGAUCAAGAUUGAGAACCUUGCCAAAUCAAAUCCACAGUUCUAUAUAUAUGUUGAUUCCUCUGACCUCAAUAGUCCUGUAGCAAUGGAGACGGAUGUCCCUUUGAUAGAAGAUGUUCAGAGGUUAAAAAAGACAGUUGAGGAGGGCGCAACUCAGUUGCAGCAUGAACAGCAAAAACAGCGGCCCAUGAUGCGACGCAAAUCUGAGUUGCCUCAGGAUAUCUACACCACAAAAGCCUUGGAGUCCCACCGCAGAGCUGAAGAAAUGUUGACCACCCGCGAUGGGCUCUAGGUCCCACCAGCUGCCCCCCCUCCCCCUCGACAGCCAUGGACAUCUUAUUCGCCCGUGUGCCAGGAUUACACUGGUGAACCAUGCUGGGCUUUCCAUCCCUCGUCCCAUCCGUUUCCCCCAGAACCCCCUUAGUUUUAUUCAUUCCAGUGCAGAAACCCUGUAACCACCCCCUCCCCUCCCCUCAGUUUUCUGCUUUCUCAGGUUCUUUAUUUAAUGACAAGUUGGAGUGUUUGUGCGUCUUUUAGCCCUCACGACAUAGCAGUGUAGAUUUUCAUUAUUUUCCUCAUCCUGUCACUCCCCUCCCCCUUCCACCCCCCCUUGUGCGCUCACUGUAAAUGUGGAACCUGGGGGAACAGACAGCACAACACAGGUUCUUCAUUCCUUACUACAAAGGUGUUCACAGCCAAUUGGACGUGGAAACAUAGGAACUGCUGGACUCACUGUCUAAGGAUCGUCUCUUGGUAUCGUCUCAGUUUUCUUCUCUUUCAAAGGGAACAAAAACGGACCCUCUUCAGAUGAAAAACAAGACUUUCAUGUCAUCGGUUUGGUUUUUGUUUUUUUGUUUGUCGUUUUUGUUUUUUUUGCUCUAACAAAUGUACUGUCAGUGCCAAGACUGUUGUGUUCUUUUUGUUUGAUUCCUGCUUUUAUCCGUGACAGGGACACAGGCCUUUUGUUUCCGGUCACUGUUUGAAAGAUCUUUUUUUUUUCUUUCUUUCCUUUUCUUUUUUUUUCAUUUCCCCAACACGCUUAAGACCAAACUGAGGCCUGUCCUUAGCCUUGUAAUGUCCAGGAAACAUGGCAAGGAAAGGGGAAGUUGUCCUGUGGACAUCUUUAUGCUCUCCAUUUUAUUGUUUUGUGCCAUAUGCCGCUCUUUUAUAUGCUUGCUUCCUUAACGUUCAUUGGCAAUAUUUAAAACCAGACCAUAGCAAUGCCUAGGCAGUUCAAACAAUGGUACUUGCUGAGCUUUGUAGUUUAUUGAUCAGCGUGAGGGAGUUCUGAGUGUCUG